UUUUAUUAGGCCAAAAGCGGACAUUUUUAUUACAUUAAUUUUAGUCAAAACAGACUAAAAUUACUGAAAACUCAAACGAUACACGAUAAUAAAAUUACAUAAGCAAACCAUACAUGAUAAUGAUAAUAACAGUACAUAGUAAAAUGAUACACUUAUUUGAUUCUUCAAAGUGUCUUCCUACCAUCAUCUUCACUUUUAGUCUUCACUUCAGAAUCUUCACUUUUAGCCUUCACUUCACUUCCCCUUUUCCACAAUUGAUUAAUUUUUUCAGCUGCAGCAUCAUCAACAGGCUUCAUUAACUUAAGUAUUUCCCCUAUCGUAUCAAUUUUUUUCCCCAACUUAUCAAAAUCACAUCCCCAUGUUUUUUUAUCACUUGAACCUUCAGAUUUUUCCAUAAUAAAGUUUUUUCUAAUUUCUCACUUAUUAACUAUUUUUACACUUCUAUAACAAGCCAUAUUUAUACUAGAAGCUGAACAAAUGGCAAGGAUUUGGAUGGGCUAAUUCCGUCUCAAAAACUUAUUUCUUCAGCAAUAUACGCAAUAGGCAGGGAGAAAUCCCCUCCAAAUCCGAGACAAAACCAGUCUGACAUAAUAAUUACUGACCGCACAGAGUUUCAGACGACUUUUCAGUUUGGCACGGCAAAUUCCGUGCCUCGUCCUUCUCAAAUUUGAAAUUUAUUAUCCCCGCCGGUCUCUUCUUGUUUUGUGCGCAAUUGGGACGGAUAUAUCCGACCCAUAGCGUCUCCAAACGGGAAGAUUAAUCAGGAUUAAUCUAGAACGUCCUUGGCAUUGAAGUUGGGACGGAAAGUGCCGUGCCUUUUCAAAUUCAAAUUAAUUUACCCCCACCGAUUUUUUGAUUUUCGAAGCGCUUUAGGGACGGAUUUAUCCGUCGCAUGUCGGCGCCAACACCGCCCACAUAUGCGAAAUAUCUAGAAUGGGUGUGGCUCUGAUUGUGCGACGGAUAUGGCCGCGCCAAACAUCGAGGUAUAUAAAUUUCCCUUUGCCGAUUUCGUCCAAACCCUAGCCCAUUUGUUCAGCCUCCCCUCUCCGCCUCUGCUUCUUCCGCUGAGUACGAACUCCGGCCACCACUUACCCUUCCUUCCCCUCCACUUCCACCACGUAGUCCGGCCACUAUUUACUUACCCCCCAUCUCCCACCACGAAGUCCGGUCACCACUGACUCUGCUUCACCACUUACUCAGUCCACCACAUACUCCGGCCACAUCAUAGUCCGUCCAGCACGACGCUUUCACCGACGACGCUUGGCGCUAAGGAAGCCGCCUCCCCCUCCCGCAUGUCGUGUUUCUAGCCAUCUCCGGCCACGACGACGUUUGUUACUCCCUCACCGGCCUUCGUCUUCGCUCUGCAUCCAGGUCAUGUCCCAUUAAGUACUCCUUGUUUACGGAUUUUCAUAUAAAUUUUAUUUAAACGUAUUGUUAUUUUAAGUUUAAUAUAAAGUCGUUAUUUUAAAACAUUAUUUUCAAAAAAAAUAGUUUGUAAAUGAUUUGUUAUAAACUAUUUAUGAAUUAUUAUCAUCUAUAUAAAUUUAUGACAAAAUGAUUUCUAUAGUAUUAAAGAGUUUUUUUUUUAAUUUUGAAACGAAGUAUUAUUAGCAAUAGAAAUUAUAACAGUUGUAUUUAUAAUUACGAACAAAGUAAUAUAUAUUUUUGUUCAUAUAUUUUUUGUUUGUAUAUUUUUUUUAAUUAGAAGCGAUCUAUUAUAAUAAACUGAAAAAUAUGAAGGCCGCCUGUUAUGAAGUAUUUAUAAAUUUAUAUGAAAGAAGUGUUUAUAAAUUAAUAUUAUGAACGAAGUAGAAUAAAUAUGAAUGUGAUAUUUAUAUAUAUUAUAAAUUUGUAUUAUAAACGAGGUGGUAGUUAUGAAGUAUUGUAAUCAUCUUGUCCAUACAGUAUCAUAAACUUCGUUUUUAUUAACAAAGUAUAUAAAUACCAAACUCUUAUAUACCUCUGAGUGCCAAACUCUGAAAUUAACCAUAAAUAAUGUUAAACCAAUUAUAUAAUUAUGAAAGCUGUAAAACUGAUAUACAUUAUGUGGAAUUUUAACUUGGUAAUUAAUCUGGCAGUUUGACAAUCUGUGUAUUACUUCCUUAUAUAACUAGGUAUAACAAUCUGUUUAUAUUAUUAAAUCUUUACUUCUAUUUUGUAUGCAUUUGAUUAUAGCCUAACUGUUUUAGUUUUUAUAAAAUUGCUCAACUGUUUCACGAGGUAUAACAAUCUGUUUAUAUUAUUAAAUCUUUACUUCUAUUUUGUAUGCAUUUGGUUAUAGCCUAACUGUUUCACUAGUCUGUUUUUAUAAAAUUGCUAUGUGUUUCAAUAGAAUGUCUGUCCGUAGAGGUUCAUUCAGUUCCUUUACCUCCUCCCGCGGAGGUCGGGGAGGUGGAGGGAGCCCAGUCAUGAACCGCCUUGAGCAGAACUCUCCUCCAGCUGAUUCACAUGAGUCUGUCCAAUCCCGACACCUUUCUGAUGAACAUACAAAUGGUUCUGAUUCUGCUACCCCCAAUGAUUCUGUUCAGACAAAGACCUUCAUUUCACCCUUUGAAAUGAGAAGGUUUAGUAAUACUGCCUAAUGUAAUUGUAUAUAGAAUAUUUCUUCAUAUACAUUAUUUUUGUUUGGUUUUAUGAUACAGCAACCCUACUGUCCUGAACAACAUCAUUUCAAUCCUGACUAACAAUUUCCACGGUCCAUGGCGUUCUUUUAUGAAUGCGGAUGCUGAUCAACGAAACCGUUGGUGGAAACUGUUUCAGGUAUGUUAUAGGUUCUUAUUGUGUAAGCACUGUCAUUUUAGAUUGAUUGUAGACAGUUCGAGAGUUCUGAUGUUGCUCAUUUUUUUGUUUUGUUUAUUCAGAGGAAGUAUGAGUGCGAUGCCUGCUUUAAUACCAAAAUGAAAAAGAAGUUCAAGUCUCGGGCCUCUGAAUGGUUGAGCAAGAACAUUGGUAGGGCUAGGCGGGACAACAAGAAGCCUGACUGGAUUGGUGACGGAGAUUGGAAGUUGUUGCAAGAGUAUUGGGCCUCUGAUGCUUUUAAGAAGAAGAGCCAAGUUGGGAAGAAGAACCGAAACUCUAAAGCGGGAAAAGAAUCACAGUAUCGCGGUGGCAGGAUACCGGUGACGAAGCAUGUUGAAAGGCUGGUAAGUUUCUGUUAUUAUUUUGAAUUAUAAUUCAAUGAUCAUUGUUUUUACUUUUAAUCAUAUUUUUUACUUAUAAAUCUGUAGACUAAGCAGUUGAAUAGGGCUCCGUUGAAGAUCGAAGUGUUCGAUAAGGUGUAUGUCCCGAAGUCGGGUGACCCCCCACCACGUGUUGUUGAAACAAAGGUAAAGAAACCUAUACUUUUGUUAUAUGUUUUAAUUAUAAUGUUAUUAUAGAAGAAAUAUAUUUUAACAAUAAUUUUCUGUUUGUGCAGCAAAAGUAUAGUGAAAUGAAGGCGCUGGCUGAAUCACAAGGGAAGUCUUAUGAUGAGGAUGACUCCGAGCUGUUCUGUAAGGUGGUCCCGCUGUACAAAGGCAGGCGGUUUGGGACGGGAUCUGAAGCCGAGUCGAUGGAAGACGUUGAAUGCUCCAGCAGAAUAUCGGGGCCGACUCAGCAGGAAAUAGAUUCCCGCAUCAAGGACCAGCUGGAGGCCUGAUUUGUGCAGCAGGAGAAGCAGUGGCAAAGCCAGAUGGAGAAGAUGACUUCCGUGUUUACGACGUACAUGGAACAAGUCCGUAGCUUGAACCCUAAUGUCCCGAUGCCAGAUUUCUCGCCUUUUCGUACCCCGACCUCUACCCAAAUGAAUCUCAAUGAUACUCUUGAAGUGCGGCUGGAAGACAUCUUUGUGUAAUGAACAAACACUUUUAAUUUUAUUGCAUGUUCUGGACAUCUUCUGGCAAUUUGUUUGCCAUUUUGACAUCUUAUUCGGCAGUGGUUUAUCUGCCUGUACUGCUGUAAUAAUUUUACAUUUUCUUGUUAUAUAUGCCUUUUAAUUUGCUCUAUAUUGCUUGUGAUGUUCGUAUGUCUAUGCUUCUGUUUUAAUGUUAUGCUGCUUAUAACAAUUUUAAUUUUAAAAAAAUGUACACCGUACAUAUGUACGGUAUCCCGUACAUAUGUACGGUGUACAUUUUUUUUAUAAAUUAAAAUUUGGCACGGAGUUAGCCGUAUCAAGAAUCCUCUCAAAAUAUCUAAAUUGCAGUGUCAUAAUUUGGCUCGAGAGUUUCCGUGCCAAAAUACCCGGGUAAAAAUUCGGGUGACCCGGUAGAUGACGAGCCAAUAUCCGUGCCUAUUGAAAUCCGAGCCAAAAUGGUUGUGAAUUAUCAGGUAGGUUAGCCCGGAUUAUUCCGUGUCUAAAUCCGCGACAAGCCUUGGCUCGGAUGCAAUUAGCCGCGCCAAACCAUUUGGCACGAGCCAGGUGGGACGGAUUUCGUUUCCGUGCCAAAUCCGAGCCAACAGCGCUAGUCUGGGAUUUCAAUGAAGCUCUCCGUGCCAAAAUCCGACCCUCUGGCGAUUUUUUUUGGUAGUGAAAAUAGCACAAUAAGGUGUAGAAAUCACCCAAAACUGCAGGUCUGUUCAUGCAGCGUUUCUGACCAAACCAGAUCUCAGCUGAACACUCCGACCGUUCAAAAUGAAUCCCUUGAAGUCACGAACAAGCUGUCCAAAUUUCAGAAAGAUCCGACCACGGGAACACCUCCAAUCAACGAGCUGAAUGAAGUUGCGCAGUGCAGGUCGAAAAACGAGCAUGCUGUCAAAUUUUCGUAUGUGUGCCCUUCAAUCUCCUCAGCCUUCCCAGCCUGAUAUUUUUCAUCAAAAGGGACUCCAAAAAAUUUUGUCUUAGAAGCCCAAAGCUAAAAAUUAAAUGGACCCAAAAAUAGGAGAUAAGAAUCCAUCAAAAAGGCCCAAACAUAAACAACAAAAACCUGUAACACCUACAUUAUAUGGGCUGGACCCAUAACACCUACAUUGUAUGGGCUGGACCCAUAACACCUACAUUAUAUGGGCUGGACCCAUAACACCUAAAUUAUAUGAGGCACCACCAACAAGGGGCACAAUAGAGGAAAGGGUGGUUGGAAAAGCCGGUUGCAUUACAAAGGUGUCCGCCAAAGAACCAUGAGAAACUGGGUGCUCGAAAUACACGAUUGGAUCCCAAUUGUGGCUCCCGUAUAUGGCUUGGAACAUUCUUGAAUGAUUGGUUCCUAAUAGGAUUGAGUUGUCACAUUUACUUGCUGGUUGUCUGCUUUGUGUCGUGCAAAUCGGAGCUAUAGAUUAUCCUUUUAUUGCAAGCCGGGUUUAUUGAAGGCCUGGAGGAUAAGUCUAGAAAUCAGGAUGUGGAAUUAAAUCAUAGUGACGGGUCACCUAUCCAAGGCCUCUUAGAAGAAGAAGAAUUUGUUUUGUCGAGAAAUGGUGGCCCUCAUAUGUACCCGGUGAAUGCUGAUAACAAGCCUUAUCACCAUAGGCAACUUUUGCAUGUGAGGGCACAAUAGAGGAAAUUGUGGUUUGAAAAUGCGUGUUACAUUACAAAGGUGUCCGUCAAAGAAUUAAUUUACUAAACAAUAUCAUAGGAGAUCUUGUAGUUUUAUCUGAGAAAUUAAAGCUCAUAUUUGCUUAUAUUGUCACUUGAGCAUUUGUUUGUGGAAAACUUAAAUAUGUCAAUUCGAACUCUAAGCACCGUUUUAAGUAGGUCGAAUAAUUGGAUAGAAUCAAAAGAAUUAGCACGAAAUAGCAGUAGAAACAAUGAACGUUUAAUUCAGUCUGCCAAAAGGCCCAAAACAUCUGACUCAAAUGUGAAGAAGAAAAAUGUUGUGGUAUGAAAAAUCAAAUUCAACCCACUGUAAAAAAGCAUCCAUUCUAAAUCAAAUCAUCAAUAAAUAUUCAAAGAGAUAUGUCAUGAAUGAAAAGAAGAAAGAAACAGAAGAAUCAUGAACGACCUCCCACACCACCUACAGAAUAUGGGUAUUCUUUAUACUUCUCAUGUGUGAUUUUAUUUUAUAACUAUAAAUGAUCGAGUACUAGAAUAAAACUAGUCAUUUAUAGUUAUAAAAUUAAACCAUAUACAAGAAGUAGCAACACCACUUAAGGCAACGCCAACAUUCAACAGCCAAGGUCAUAAUUUUUUUAUUCAUAAUGAGUUACGAGAGAUGUAAUAUAUCAUAUCGAAGAUAUUACAAUGCCCUUUAUUCUCAAACUAUCAAGGGGUCUACUAACCCCCCCACCCCCUGGCUCUGCCCCUGUUAUCAUGUGCUUAUGUUAUCAUCUAGGUAAUACGCACAACAACGCAGGGAGUAACAAAUUAUCAUAUUCUAUUAUAUACUUCAGAGUGUGAAUGUGUUGACAUUGAUAACUAUUAUAUGUACAUUUGGG